AGCGCUAAAGCGGAAGUAAGUACGUGGCCGGACCAGCUGACGUUUCUGCACGAUGGCGACUGAGGUUCAGAGCGGCGACCUCAACGGUGGAAAUGCGAGCCGUCUCGAAGUUUCCAUCGACGGCUUGACCCUCAGCCCGGAUUCGGAGGGAGAGGCGGAUCACGCGGACGCUCCCGGGCCGCACACGGACGAGCACAGCGACGUGGAGCCGAGCGCCGAUGGCCGGGACGACGGGGAGCAAAAUGCCGAGAAUUCCGUGGAGAGGAUAUGGGGCUUUCCUUUAGUGGAGCUCUACGGCCUGGCUCUCAGAUUCUUUAAAGAAAAAGAUGGGAAGGCCUUCCACCCAACAUACGAGGAGAAGCUGCGUCUGGUGGCUCUCCAUAAGCAGGUGUCUCAGGGGCCCUACAAUCCAGACGCCUCCCCUGAAGUGGGUUUCUUCGAUGUGCUGGGAAACGACCGCAGGAAAGAGUGGGCAGCGUUGGGGAACCUGGGGAAAGAGGAGGCCAUGGUGGAAUUUGUCAAGAUGUUAAAUAAAUGCUGUACUUUAUUUGCACCUUUCGUCGCAUCUCACAAGAUUGAAAAAGAGGAGCAGGAGAGGAAAAGGAGGGAGGAAGAGGAGCAGCGGCGUCGAGAGGAAGAGGAACGGGAGCGUCAGUUACAGGAGGAGGAACGACGUCGGAAGGAGGAGGAGGAGAGACUGAGGAGAGAAGAGGAACAGAGGAGGCAGGCUGAGGAGGAGAGACUCCGUGUGGAGCAGCAGAAGCAGCAGAUCAUGGCUGCGUUAAAUGCGCAGACAGCCGUACAGUUUCAGCAGUAUGCGGCGCAGCAGUACCCGGACAGUCCCGAACAGCAGCUCAUUCUCAUCCGGCAGCUGCAGGAACAGCACUACCAGCAGUACAUGCAGCAACUCUACCAGGUGCAGCUGGCUCAGCAGCAGGCAGCCCUUCAAAAGCAGCAGGAGGACGCUAUAGUACUCUCCAAGUUAGAAGCCAGCGAGACGUCAGCGUCCCCUAUCGGUGAGGAGACUCCCACAGUGAACGGCCAGGCGGAAUCGUCCAUUGACAGCAUAGAUCGAGAGCAAGAGCUGGAGCCUGCAGAGGAGGUCACUGAGAACGGCCCAACAGACUCUCCCCCAGUGAUAGCAGCCCCCUCUAUGUGGACACGGCCGCAGAUCAAAGACUUUAAGGAGAAGAUUCGCCAGGACGUGGACUCCGUGAUCACAGUGGGACGAGGGGAAGUGGUCACAGUCAGGGUCCCCACUCACGAGGAAGGCUCCUAUCUCUUCUGGGAAUUUGCCACAGACCAUUAUGACAUUGGGUUUGGUGUCUUCUUUGAAUGGACUGACUCCACCAACGCCUCGGUCAGCGUGCACGUCAGUGAGUCCAGCGAUGAAGAUGAGGAUGAGGAUGAGCCUCAGAGUGAAGAGGAAAAGGCCAAGAAGGAGGCAGGGAAACCUCAGGUGGAUGAGAUCGUGCCGGUUUACCGGCGGGACUGCCAUGAGGAGGUGUACGCAGGGAGUCACCAGUACCCCGGCCGUGGCAUCUAUCUACUCAAAUUUGACAACUCGUACUCCCUCUGGAGGUCAAAGAGUGUCUAUUACAGAGUCUACUACACCAGAUAAGCCUGGGAUCAAGACUUGGAGCAAGAGAGAAAGUGUGUGUGUGUGUGUGUGUGUAUGUGUGUGUGUGUGUGUGUGCUCGUGCACACGCAUGCGUGAGUGUGCAUGUGUGUAUGGGGCGCGUCUCGUUCUGUUGGAGUUUAGGAGGGUUGGCCUCUGAUGUAUCCGUGGCACCUCUGUUUUGCACUCUGAAAGGCGUGCUCUAGGAUUCUGUGCUUGUUGAUAGUAUUGUCUUCUGUUCACAGUGUGAUUUCUCUUCAGCCUCCAUGUUCUAAUGUCAUCCAAAGAGGUGCUUUGGCCACUAAGAGAGCUGUAUGUGUUCAUUCAAAUUGACCCAUUUACUUGAUAUGUUCAGAUAAAGAGUCUAGGGAGUAUGGUUUUAAAGUAGUGCAGUCUUGCGUGGGAAUUAAUUAAUGCUGCUUUUCUGCUUUUUUUGCUCGGACCAAGUGCUUUUAUUUCCAGUACUUUAUUUCGGUGAAAAUGGGCGUGAUUUCCGGCUCUAUAGCAGGAUCCUUUCUGGAACCUGUUUAUUAAAUUGUCCCAAAGGCUGUUUGAAUAUUCAUUACUGUGUAGUAUUUUUCAGAAGCAACCCCUCAUCUUAUCAGAGAAAAAGUCUGUCUCAUUAAAUUCUUUUUAUGUAUUGGCGCAUACUUCUGAGUAUUCUUGUGCUACAUUAUCGAAAAUGUAAAUAACAUUCACUGAUGAUGAUGAUGAUGAAGAUGAUUAAGAAGUUCAUUAAGAAGUCUUGAGCAAGUUCAACUCCAGGACAAAAUAUAGAUCCUUUUGAUAUUUGAUAAUUAGUUAUUAGUGCAAUUCCUUGAUAAUAGCUAUGUAAUAAAUUCUCUUGCAGUAUAUUAUCCAAGAGGAGUUCUUCCUGGUGAGUGUUGGACAUAUUAACAGCAUAUUAUAUAAGCAGGCAUGUCGCUAAGUAGUACCAUAACAGUUUGUUUCAAAGAAUACUUCAAGACUAGAAAUCACACCUCACUUUUUAUUGGUUGCUCUUCUUAAUCAUUCCCAUUUUGAUUCGUAAUCCUUCUUAAUUGAUACUUUAGUAAGGUUUAACAUCAUCACCAUGAUCAUCACCAGCAGUAUAAAUGAGGCAGCAGCUCCUUUUAGUGGAAAAAAAAGCAAUCUGGCUUUCUUAAAACACUGGUCCAGGUGGUUGUAGAAAAGCAGCACUUCCUCUUUUAGGUGAGCACUGGAAUACCUGCCAGCUGUCUACACAUCUGUAAUAGUAAUAAUGCUUCACAAAUCAACAUCCAGUACAGGUUUAAUCCAGCCACACGUGCAAGCAGAGGCGGCCAGGACUAAAUGAAUAAACCAGUAAAUACAUGACUUUUCUACUGAGACGAGUGGGGAAUGAUGAAUAUCAGGAUUAAACUGGUAUAUAUCUCGGAAAAAGAAAAAGAAUCGUUUUGCUAAAGUGGUUGGACUGUGUGUAAAGCAUUUAAUAAAUAUUUAUUAAUCUGCCUUGUAGAUUAGGGUCCUUGAUGUCGGUCAUAUUACAUAUAACUUCUCUCUGAAACUGUCCACUCUUCUGCUUCUCAGUGAGAUUCUCGUCUCUCGACUGAACAAGUCACCGUCAUGAUAUUGUGUGGGGGUUUUUUUUUUUUUUUUUUUGUUCAGGAUUUUGGGUUCUGCAGGUAACUUUUUUUUCUAUGGUGGCAUAACUGUUCACUCUUUUUGUUUUUUGUUUUGGUCUGUCGCUGUUACAUUUUAAAGCACGUUAGUUAUACAAAGCCACAAAAUCGAAAACGCAGAGUAAACUCAUGGUCUUAUACGUUACAUGGACACUUCAUUACCUUUAUUACGAACUAACCGUCACGUGUGUUUCGUCUUAUUACUGUGACUGGCGGUAUGAAAAGCAUCGACAGUGAGCAUUGCUGUGAACUCCUCCGAUUAUGUGCUCGAUCCUGAGCUGUCACUUGAUCAUCACAACAUUUCAUUGAACAUAGUAACACUCUAAAACGUCAAUCACCAGUUCAGUUAGAAUAUGGAAUAAUUUUUUUUUUUUUUUCACCUAAAUGGUUCAUCCCACAAAUUUGUGAGUAUAUUUAUAUAAUGAUUGUAUAAUGACCAUGUGCACAGUGCUGUCCAGAGCAGUGAUGAUGAGAGACUGACCCCCCCCCACCCCACCCAAGCAGCAGCAGCAGCCCAACACCAUCCUUACAGUUAACAGUAAAAUGUGUACAGAUGUGUGUUCCUAAUUUUAUUCCCCUGUGUCUUUUUUAUUUCCAUGUGUUAAUAAUGCUAAGUCAGGCUUUUGUAAAAGUGGAAUGUAACCGAAGGCUUGAUCUUGGACUGAGGACUUUUGUGAAGAAAGAUGGAAAUGUGGUGAAUAUCAUAUUGUACAUUUUCUCCCAUUUGCAAAGUGAAAAAUCAAUGUAAAUUUCAUACCGUGAAUACAUGAAGUAACUGGAGAGGGUUUUUUUCUUUGUUCUUUUUUUUUUAUUAUUAUUUUGCAUUGAUUUGUCAUGGAUGAGAUCAGGGAUGACUUUCCUUGAGAAUUAUAUUUAAUCUUGAUUAAACCCAAGUUCAUCUGUA